GGAAAAAAAUCGAAAGGCGUUCAGAACUUUUCGAGAAGUCGAACCGUCAACACAUGUGAGUAUUUGUACGUAUGUACUUAUCGUCUGCUGUAUGAUCGAAUAUCGAAUAGGCGCUUGGCCAUGGAUCGCUGCAUUAGGUUUUCGUAAUCCCCGAAACCCAGACAAACCACUAUGGAAGUGCGGAGGUUCCCUGAUAUCGGCUAGGCAUGUUUUGACCGCAGCACAUUGUGCACAUAUGGAUGGAAUAGAAAACAUACACAAUCAUAAUAUUGCCAUUCUUAGAUUGGUGGAGGAGGUGCCAUUUUCGAGGUACGUAUAUCCCAUUUGUACGAAAGAGCCCCUACGAAAGAGCAACUUCGUCGGCUAUAACCCCCUUGUUGCUGGAUGGGGAGCAUUAAGAUAUAGACGACCACGACGUAAUGCAUUAAUGGAAGUACAAAUGCCAGUGAUUAAGAACGCCGAAUGCAAAAUAGCUUAUUCCAAAUUUCCUAAUGCACCUGAUAUCACUGAUGGUAUAAUAUGCGCCGAACAUGCUCAGGGUGGAGAGGAUUCUUGUACGGCUGACCGCGGCGGACCACUGCUGAUACAACAUGAAUUAACCUCGUAUUUAAUAGGUAUUGUGUCUUAUGCUUAUAAGUGCGGCACAGCUGGGUAUCCCAGCGUUUACACUAGGGUCACAUCGUACCUUGACUUCAUUCUCCAAGCGAUGCAAUAAUAUGAUAUUACUGUUCCAUAAAUAUCAUUGUGUAAAAAACGUAAAGUUGGAUUUUCUUAUUGUGGAGAUAAGAAACAGCUCAAAUUUACAUUGUUUUGUACGUUACAAAUUAUAGGCUUAAAAUGUACGAAAUGUAACUUUGAAACGACACUAAUUUUUUACGCACGAUAAACCUCCACGACUUAGGUAUGUAAAGAUGAUAAACGUAUAUUAAUUCUAUAAAUUUGGUAAUAAUAAACCAACUUUCUGAGAAGUUCUGUAAAUUUCGUUUCUGUUGUAUCAAGAGAAUAAUGGAAUAUUCCACUUAGAUCGUAUACUUCUUGUACGUACGUACAAAAUUUUCCGGCUAAUCUAAAACACUUCAUAAGAUAGAGAGCUUCUGGAAAUUCGGACACAGAGAGUGCAUAAAAUACAAGAUAAGUCUCGUGUCUUUCAAAAUUAUUUUUUAUUCGCUAAAAACGU